AUGACCAACAAUAGAGAGAAGAGUAAAAGGAUUUUAACUAGUAGCAGUAGUAAUAAUGAACAUUUGUCCCAACAACAGAAUAUUGCCAGCACCAGUAAUAACAAUGACGCUAGUUCAUUAACUCAAUUAGAGUCACAAAAUCCAUUUUCAGAUGAAAAUGCUUACGAUAGCAGUGGUAGUAAUUUGCCUCCCUCAUCAUCUGACACCCUCAACAACAACAACCACAACAACAAUAAUCUUAGUAGUGAAUCUUUAUUACACAACCAAAAUCUGGCGUUUUUGAACGAUUCCAGUAACAAAAAUAGGAACCCGAACGAAAUGGAAAAUAGCAGACGCAAGCACGAUAACAAUAAAGCUAGAAGUGACAAUUAUUACGAUAAAAAUUAUAAUAAUAGAAAUAUGAUAGAGGAAGGAGAAGAAGAAGAAGAAGAAGAGGAAGAAGAAGAAUUUGCAUUCAAUGACAGGGAUGCUGAUACUCACGAGAACAACACCUAUACAGGAUAUUAUUCUUCGCAACUUUUAUCAAAAAGUAAUAAAAAUUUGAUGGAAAAAGCAAAAACAAAAAAAAAUAGUGUAAUGUCUUUAGAAAACACCGAUUUAUCUUUUUUAUCACGGUAUGAUAGAUAUCCUGCACUAGAAAACAAUGAUAAUAAUAAACAUAUGAAACCAUCGACUGUAUUUACUAGCAUUAUUCAUGGUAAUAAUAAUAAUAAUAAUAAUAAUAAUAAUAGUAGUACUACCAGCCAUAGUAGUUUUUCUUCUCAAUCUGGUACCUUUAAUAAAAAAAAAAAUUUUGCAAGUAAUCAUUACCUGAUGAGUGAGCAAGAUUUUUCUCCAUUUGGUGGAUAUCCAACCAGUAGUUUCCCACUUUUAAUGGAGGAAAAGGAAGAUGAUGAUUAUUUACACAACCCUGAUCCAGAAGAGGAAGCCAGACUAGAUAGACAGAGAUUCUAUUUGGAUUUUAAACAUAUGGAUAGAAGAUCCUUUGGUGGAUUGAUCGGUUCCUUAUUUUUAAUUUGUGGUACCGUGGUAGUUUUCAUUAUUUUACCAAUACUAACCUAUAGUGAUGCUGGGUAUUUCCAGAGAUUUGGCUUUGAAUAUUUAAAUGAUGAUGAGGAUGGAUAUGUUCGUUGGUUUGUUGGUGAGACCCCUACCUGCACGAUAUAUGCAAAAGCUUUACACCCCAAUGGUAACAUUGGUUGGAGAAGAAUAACGAAGGAGCCGAUGUCUAUAAUUUUAAAUUUGGGGAUUUCCAACAACUGGGCGUAUAUUGACUGGCAGAGUAUUUACUUUCCCGUUACCUUGUCUAUUGACUAUGUCAGAAUAUAUCAACCUAACGAUAGCAUCAGUAUUACAUGUGAUCCAGAAGAUUAUCCCACUUAUGAUUAUAUACAAGAUCAUUUGAAUGUUUACACGAAUGUAAACCUAACAAGUUGGGAGGGUGCUGGGUAUACUUUCCCCAAGAAUAUAUUGACUGGUAAUUGUGACAGUUCUAAGUUUUCACUAUUGUCUUCCUGA